AUGAGGGAUUGUGAUAGUACUUUUCGUUUACAGUGCGAUUUUAAAGGCUGCUAUUGUGAAGAAUUUGGUCCAGUUGACGACCGUAGAAUAAUCUGUGAUUGUGGACAUCGUGCAAAUAAACAUUCAAUUAGACAAGAGCAAGGUGUUGGGUCUUCCUCCUCUGGUAGAUUUACCUAUCCUAAUCUAUCUUUGGUUCGAUCUGACA